AUGGAUUUCGCACAUCCUUCAUCUUCUAGCGGCUCAUGGAACCGUCUAUGCAAUGUCGUAGAAUAUAGUGGCAUUUUCGAUUCUGAAUAUCGCCAACCCCACUCACGGUGCAUGGAAAACACACGCGUUGCCCUUCGGGAGAGGAUCAUACAAAUCCUCAACCAACAUGAUCGGACGAACAUCUGGCUCAACGGUCUCGCCGGUGUUGGAAAAACGUCUAUCGCGUUCACCAUAGCUGAGGGGAUGAAAGUAGCCAAGAGGCUUGCUGCCACUUUCUUCUUUUCGCGCAAACAUGCACACAAGGACAAAGCUGCCACUAUUAUUCCUACUAUUGCAUACCAGCUGGCACUGGCUUUUCCACGCAUUCGAGAGGAUAUUGUGAAAGCGAUUGAGAACGACGAUAACCUCCUAUCACCUGGAAAAUCUUACGCAGAUCAGAUACGAGAGCUCAUCAUGAAGCCACUGCAGACGUUGAGAUUCCGACAAGAGCUUUAUGUCAUCAUUAUCGAUGCUCUUGAUGAAUGUUUCUCCUCUGAAGAGGCGGCAAGACUUGUAACGCUGUUGACAGAUGCCUUCGCGGGCCCAGACCUGCCAUUCAUCCACAUCAUAUUCACAAGCCGCCCUGAGGCGAAUAUCCGCGCUGCCAUGCCCUCCGGUGUCCACGAGAUUUUCCUUACCACUCGUGAUGAAGACACCAUACGGGAUGUCCGUUUAUUUCUGCGAACAUCACUGGACAACACACGGACAAUUCGUCCUGCUGUUUUCGGUCAGCCACCCAUCCCCUGGCCAUCGGAGGAUGAAUUCAAGACAUUGGUGUUUAAGGCGGGCGGUCUGUUUGUUUAUGCUGCCAUGGCCAUGAAUUUCAUAUCCGCCACUGGUCAUCACCCACAGGAGAGGCUAGAACUCUUAUUACGCGAGAGGCCGACUGUCGGUGCUGACAUCGAUCAGCUUUAUCGGCAGAUCAUUGCAACCUCGGAGGAUCCACUUGCGCACUGCCGGAUGUUAGCGUCUAUCAUCCAUCUAGCCAGACCUUUGCCACUUGCAGAACUCCAAGAACUCUUUGAUGCGGAUAGAAGGAGCCUGGCCAUGAUGCUUGAAGCAUUUUCACCCGUGAUCUUGAAUGAUGGGGUCGGAAAUGUUGAAAUUUACCACGCUUCACUCCGGGACUUUAUGGACGACCCUCGACGCUCGAAACAAUAUCACAUAGAUACUGCACACGCUCAUGAGCACCUUGCAUGCUGCUGCCUUGAUUUCAUUACACGCCAGGACUCCAAUCGGACUCGUGCCAUUCUAGUGUCGUCAUUGUCUUAUCCAUAUCCAUAUCAGAUGUGGCAGGUCCAUCUUUACUUUGCCUAUCCUAGCAGAAAACUUCGAAAUCUGCUGGCCCUAUUUACAGACACAACACUACGAUAUUGGGUACCGACCUCGGACCCUAAGAACUCCUACCUUGCACGCACUAUCCAGGGCGCAAGAAGGACCUGUUUAUCCUCGGUGAUUGUUCUGAACAUGUUGAAUUAG